CAGCUCUCAAUUUUACGAAUUUGAAUAGACUGCGUAAAGCGGCAAUUUAAUACAAACGAAGCAAAUACUUUUAAAAAAUUGGGUUUCAGAAAUCUCUUAACAUGAAUCCGGAAAAACAAGAAUAUGAAUUACAACAUUUUAAUUUUAGUUCCGAUGAAAUCAUUGAACAAAACCGUUUCAUGGUAAAAACUGUUAUUCAGCAAUCGUUAAUCGAGUUCACCGAUGAAUUUGUAGAAGCUAACAAUAUUCCUAUUGAUCAAGCUAUGGAACUUCGGGCCAAGUGCUACACCACAGCAGCAAAAAUGUUUGAAGAUUGUACGCAAAAACUUGAGGAGUUAGCCGCACUAUAUCAAUCUACUUUUACUAUUCCUGACAAUGUCCUGCUUCCGUCGGAUUUAAUGCAGAAGAAAAAUUAUACUGCCGAGUACGUACAGGAGCUACAACAGGAAGUAUCAUCGCUGGACAAACAAUUUCGUCAAGACUGUGUUUUCCUGGCCCAUCUAGAAGAAGAAAUCAAAUUGCACCAGCAUUUGGCUCCGUUUUUAGACAGCGAAACUAAAUUGAAUGAACUAGUUGAUCAAUACCGACGGGAAGAAAUCGUUCCGGUUGAAGAUGCCGCAGUAGUGCAGGAUUUAGCCGAGGUAAUGCAGAAUGUUCUGAACUUGUAAGGAAGCUGUUUGAGGUGUAUGAUGCAAACAAAUAAUAACAUUAUUUCGUUCAUUAGCAACAAAAACGUUAUAAAGUUGUUUGGAAUAUAAACUAUAGUAAUGUAUCAGUAUCUCGAACAAAUCUCAAAUAGUGUAACUACUAGAAAUGAAUAUGUCAUAUUCAUGCCAACAGCUUGUGGAUUUAGUGAUAUUGUGUAAAAUAUAUUUUUUUAUAUAAA